UCUUUCAUUAUAUUGAAGUAGUCAUUCAGAUGUUCUGUUUGUUGAAUCGACUAAAUAAUGGAUAUAUUAGUGCAGUCAGCUAGUCACAACGAGCCUUUAAAUUUCGAGGUCACAGAAAAUCAUGUUCCAACCGUCGAAACACCUAGUCUCCCCCUAAUUGCCAACUUGAUUUUUACUUGUACCAGAUUAUCGGGAACCCAAGAACGGACGAAAAUCUUCAAGUAUGUUACUUUAGUCUUGACCUUUGUGACGUAUGUAAGUUUUCACUUGUCUCGGAAAGUGGUCGGAAUCGUAACCCCAGUUUUGACGAAUGGUUCGCAGAAUGGGGAAUUGCCUUGGGGUCCUUUUGGCCAAGACAAGGAGGACUCAGAAAUCGCUGCUCUGGAUGCGAGUUUUCUGUUCGCUUAUGCUUUUGGGAUGUUCUUUUCUGGGCAUCUAGCUGAAAGAACGGAUCUGAGAUAUUUUCUCUCUACUGGGAUGCUAUUAAGUUGCUUGUUUACUGCAAUGUUUGGUCUUGCGCGCUUCAUUGACAUACACGACCUCGGAUACUUUAUUAUGGUGCAGAUUCUAAACGGAUUCGCCCAGAGCUCAGGCUGGCCAUCAGUAGUGCCCAUUCUCGGACACUGGUUCGGAUAUGGUCAGAGAGGCUUUAUUAUGGGUAUUUGGAACUCACAUUUAUUUGUCGGCAACAUUUUGGGCUCCAUAAUUGCAGGAAUUUGGGUUGACACAAAUUGGGGCUGGUCAUUCAUGGUUCCCGCCGCAAUCUUAGGAGCUACAGGAGUUUUAGUUUUUUUGACAGUAGUACCAUAUCCCGAAAUGGUAGGCUGCACUGAUCCGAAUCACGAGACUGAUCCCGAGGAGUUGCCAGCAGCUGUGAACUUUAAUGUCAGUGGAUAUCGUGAUGAAGAUCGCGGGAACCAAAUCGGAGGGUCUCAAGAGGCUCUCACUGAGAUGAAUA